CACCAUCAAGACACCGUCAAGAGCAAAACAAAUAUGGUUGAAGCAGAAAAAAGAAGAAAGCUCGAGAAUGUGUCUAAGAAGACAGUGAGACCAUCCAAAAUCUUCAGUCCGUUCCGGGUUCUUGGUAAUGUUUCCAACGAAAUCCCAUUUGCUUUGGGGACUCUAGGAUCAACUUUUUAUAUGGUUACUUCGGUCGGACGUUCGUUUCAAAUCUAUGAUGCAGCAACAUUGCACUUACUUUUCGUAUCGCAAUCACAAACCGCUUCCAAGAUCACUUGUUUGGCUGCUCAUUACCAUUAUGUAUACGCUGCCUAUGCCAAUAAAAUUGGUAUAUAUAAAAGAGGCCGUUUGGUUCAUACGUUAGAAUGUGAAUCUGCAAAUGCCACCAUUCAUAACAUGUUAAUAUUUGGUGAGUAUCUCAUUGUCACUUCUUCAAAUGGAGAGAUUUCCAUUUUCAAAAAACCAAAUAACUCAAAAUUUCCAACUGAGUUAUAUACUACUUUGAAAAAUAUUAAUGUUCAAUUAGAUGGUGAAAUAAUUGGUUUGGUUCAUCCUGCAACUUAUUUAAACAAAAUCGUGGUGGCCACCACUUCAAGUAUUUACUUGUUUAAUGUUCGUACCGGGAAAUUAUUAUUCAAAUCUCCCGAUCAACAAUUCAUGGAAAAUAUCUCUUCAAUAGAAGCAGCUCCAGUUUUAGAUAUUAUUGCUAUUGGUACUGCGGUUGGUAAUAUUUUCAUUUACGAUAUUAAAAAGGCUAAAAUCUUGGGUAAUAAAAUCGUGGCUUCUCCUCAAGAUAUUGGUGCUCGUGUCACUUCAAUCUCUUUUAGAACUGAUGGCUCCCCCCAUUUGGUGGCUGGAUUAAACACUGGUGAUUUAUUCUUCUACGAUUUAGCAAGAAAAGCUCGUGUCCAUAACUUAAGAAAUGCUCAUAGAGAAGCUCAUGGUGGGGUUGCUAAUGUAAAAUUCUUAAAUGGUCAACCGAUAGUGGUAACUAAUGGUGGUGAUAAUCAUUUGAAAGAGUAUGUUUUCGACCCAGCAUUAUCAACGACAAAUUCUUCCAUUUCGUCUCCUCCCCGUCAUUUAAGAUCUAGAGGUGGUCAUUCUGCUCCUCCGGUAGCUAUUGAAUUUCCUCAUGAAGAAAAAUCUCACUUUGUUUUAUCAGCAUCAAGAGAUAAAACAUUUUGGUCCUUUUCAUUAAGAAAAGAUGCUCAGGCUCAAGAACUUUCACAAAGAAGUAAAAAAAAUAAUGAUAAAAAGAGGAAAGGUGGUCCAGUGGCUGGUGUAAACGAAAAAUUCCCAGAAAUUAAUAGUAUUGCUUCUUCUCAAGCUCGUGAAGGUGAAUGGGAAAAUGUUCUUACUGCCCAUAAAGAUGAAACUUUUGCUAGAACUUGGGAUUCUAAAAAUAAAAGAGUCGGUCGUUAUCAAUUAAAUACCGUUGAUGGUGGGUUUGCUAAAAGUGUUUGUGUUUCUCACUGUGGUAACUUUGGUUUAGUAGGUUCUUCAAAUGGUGGUAUUGGUUCUUUUAAUUUACAAUCCGGUCUAUUACGUAAAAAAUAUAUCUUACAUAAGAAAGCUGUCACCGGCUUAGCUAUGGACGGUAUGAAUCAUAAAAUGGUAAGUUGUGGUCUUGAUGGUAUAGUUGGGUUUUAUGAUUUUUCUGGUCUGAAAUAUUUAGGUAAAUUACAACUAGAUGCUCCUAUAACUUCAAUGAUUUAUCAUAAGUCUUCUGACUUGAUUGCUUGUGCUUUAGAUGAUUUAACAAUAGUGGCCAUUGAUGUCACUACUCAAAAAGUCGUCAGAGUUCUUUUCGGUCAUACAAACCGUAUUACUGAUAUGGAUUUUUCUCCUGAUGGUAGAUGGAUUGUUAGUGCUGCAUUAGAUGGUACCUUAAGAACUUGGGAUUUACCUACUGGUGGAUGUAUUGAUGGGGUAAGAUUACCUAAUGUUGCAACUACCGUCAAGUUUUCUCCAAUUGGUGAUAUGUUAGCUACCACUCAUGUUUCAGGAAAUGGGAUUUCAUUAUGGACUAAUAGAGCUCAAUUUAAACCUAUAUCUACUAGACACGUUGAAGAAGAAGAGUUCUCAAAUAUUUUAUUACCUAACACUUCAGGAGAUGGUGGCUCUACCAUAUUGGAUGGUGCUCUAGAUACCGAUGAACAAGACUUCGAUAUCAACCAAACUUACACCACUCUUGACCAAAUAGAUGAAUCCUUGGUGACUUUAUCGUUGGGCUCAAGAACCAAAUACAAUACCAUUUUGCAUUUAGAUAUAAUCAAACAACGUAAUAAACCAAGUGAGGCUCCUAAAAAGGCAAAACAAACUCCAUUCUUCUUAUCUUUAAAAGGUGAAGCAGUUGGGGACAGAGCAUCAGUGGCAGAAGGUAAAGUUUCUAAUAAUGAUCCAACUAAUGAAGAAGAUGAUUCAGAAAGUAGAUUACUCAAAUUAAGAAAUGGCGACAGUCAUAAUUUUGAGUCCGAAUUCACAAAACUUUUAAGAAAGGGCAGUGACAAGAGAGAUUAUACUGACUUUUUGAAUUUCUUAGUCAACGCUUCUCCUUCCAUCAUUGACCUCGAAGUUCGCUCUUUGAAUUCCUUCCCACCAUUAACCGAAAUGGCAACCUUCAUUGAAGCAUUAUCUCAAGGCUUAAAUACCAACACCAACUACGAUAUCUACCAGGCUAUUUUCUCCUUAUUCUUAAAGAAUCAUGGUGAUGUUGUCCAAAAUUUCCCUAAUGAAACAAGAUUACAAGAAGCUUUACAAGAAUGGAGUGAAUUAGAUAAUAAAGAAAAACUAGACGAUUUGGUUAAGUACUGUUCUGGAGUAACAAGCUUCUUAACUACUGUAUAAUUUACGUAUCAGGUUAAUAGAUCUUUCA